UCCUCCUCAGCACCAUGGUGGCUGCUCAAAUUACGGAGCUAAGGCUGAUGAAUGGGGGCCACCGCUGUGAGGGGAGAGUGGAAGUGAAAUACCAAGGAGAAUGGGGCACGGUGGAUGAUUACAAGUGGUAUAUGAAGGCUGCAGAUGUGGUGUGCAGACAGCUGGAAUGUGGACAUGCUGUUGAUGCUCCCAGAGGGGCUCAUUUUGGAUCAGGGCAUGGGCCUAUUUGGCUUGUUAAUACUGUUUGUGAAGGGACAGAAUUAACUCUCAAUGACUGUGAUCAUCCUCCUAUUCAAGACUACCGUGAGGAAUACUUUUCCCAUAAUUAUGAUGCUGGAGUAGUCUGCUCAGGAUUUGUGCGUCUAGCUGGAGGGGAUGGACCCUGCUUAGGGCAGGUAGAAGUGCAUUCUGGAAAAGACUGGGUUCCAUUGUCCGAUGGGAACUUUACAUUACUCACCGCCCAGGUCAUAUGUGCAGGGCUAGGGUGUGGCAAAGCUGUUUCUUUCCUGGGGGAUGUGUCCUUCAGAGAGUCAGAUAGAGUCUGGCCUAAAGAAUUCCAGUGUAAGGGACAUGAACCUGAGCUCUGGCUUUGCCACAGUGAGUCCUGUCCAGGAGGUGCUUGCCACCGUGGGGCUGUUCAAGUUUUCUGUUCAGUGUACACAGAAGUCCGGCUCAUGAAAAAUGGCAUCUCUCAGUGUGAGGGACAAGUGGAGAUGCAUAUUUCUGGACACUGGAAAAUGCUUUGCGCCUCACACUGGAAUAUGGCCAAUGCCAAUGUUGUUUGUCAACAGCUUGGCUGUGGAGUCGCUGUCUCUACUCCAGAAGGAGCAUACUCUGUGGAAGGAGGUGAUAAGAUUUGGGAAGCUCGGUUUCACUGCUCAGGGGCUGAGUCUUUUUUGUGGAAUUGCCCUGUGACUGCCCUGGGCAUUCCUGCUUGUACCCAUGGAAACACAGCCUCGGUGAUCUGUUCAGGAAACCAGACCCAAGUGCUGCCCCAGUGCAACGACUCUGUGUCUGAACCCGCAGGCUCUGCAGCCUCACGGGAGAGUGCUGCCACCUGCUCAGAUAGCAGACAGCUCCGCCUGGUGGAUGGCGGCGGUCCCUGCGCCGGCAGAGUGGAGAUCCUUCACCAGGGCUCCUGGGGCACCAUCUGUGGUGACAGCUGGGACCUGAGGGAUGCCCACGUGGUGUGCAGACAGCUGGGCUGCGGGGCAGCCCUCAAUGCCACGGUCUCUGCUCACUUCGGGGAGGGAUCAGACCCUAUCUGGCUGGACGACCUGAAGUGCACAGGAGAGGAGUCCCACAUUUGGAAGUGCCCUUCCCAGGGCUGGGGGCAGCACAACUGCAGACACAAGGAGGACGCAGGGGUCAUCUGCUCAGACUUCCUGAACCUCAGGCUGGUGAGCGAGGACCAGCAGUGUGCUGGGUGGCUGGAAGUUUUCUACAAUGGGACGUGGGGCAGUGUCUGCCACAGCCACAUGGCAGACAUCACCUUGUCCAUCAUCUGUAGACAGCUUGGCUGUGGAAACAGUGGGACCCUCAACUCUUCCAUAGUUCCCAGGGAAGGUUCUAGACAUCGGUGGGUGGAUCAAAUCCAGUGUCGGAAAACUGAUUCCUCUCUCUGGCAAUGUCCUUCUGACUCCUGGAGACAAAACUCAUGCUCUUCAAAAGAGGAAGCUUAUAUCUCGUGUGCAGGAGUGAGACCCAAGAGCUGUCCAACUGCUGCCCCCUGCACAGACAAAGAGAAGCUCCGACUGAGGGGAGGAGACACGGUGUGCUCAGGGCGAGUGGAGGUUUGGCACGAGGGCUCCUGGGGCACAGUGUGUGAUGACUCGUGGAGCCUGGCAGAGGCCGAGGUGGUGUGUCAACAGCUGGGCUGUGGCUCUGCCCUGGAGGCCCUGCAGAAUGCGGCAUUUGGGCCUGGAAAUGGGAGCAUCUGGCUGGAUGAGGUGCAGUGCAGGGGCAGGGAAUCCUCCCUGUGGGAUUGUGCUGCAGAUUCUUGGGGGCAGAACAACUGCAACCACAAGGAGGAUGCUGGAGUGCGGUGCUCUGGUGGAAGAACAGUAUUGCUGUCUACUACAGCAGGGAUCAGACCAGGCCCAAAUCUUGUCCGUGGCAUCUUCUCCCUGUCUGAGAUGCUCUGCCUCAUCCUGGGGGCCCUUUUCUUCCUGGUCCUCGUCAUCCUGGUGACUCAGAUGUACAGUUGGAGAGCAAAGCGCAGAGCCUUACCCAGUUUUGAAGAUGUUCUCAAUGAGGCUGUGUACGAGGAGAUUGAUUAUCUUGUGACAACGAAGAAAGAUCUGCUGGGCAGCAAUGGGGCCCUGUCAGAUGACUCCGUGACUAAACUGCCAUAUUACAUUGGGGAUGGUGAGGAGAAUAGUGACUUUCAAUCUGCUCCAGCUCAGAGGACUGAUGCCCCUAGUGAGGAUUAUGAUAAUGCUGAAGAGGUACUAGUGCCUGAGCCUCCUCCUGCCUCCUGGAUGAGUGAGGGGGAAGUGCCCCCAGAGGAAGAGAAUGGGAAGAGGGCCUUUCAGAGAGGCUCUUCUUUACAGUUCUCUAGAGGGGUGGCUGGUCCCGGGAAAGAAGAAUCUAAUCCCUGGCUGCUCCAGGGGGAAGAAGUGAACUCUGGGUAUGAUGACAUUGAACUAAAUGCCCUUGGAACAUCCACUAUGGUUUUCCCAUGAUGUUGCAUUAAAAAUGAGAUAAGGCCUCGGAUAUUCUAAUUGCCUGUAUUUCAAUAGAGUAGUGCUGACUUAUAAUUGUAUUAUAUGAAAUUACUUAGUCUACGGUCAUCCCACCCUGAGC